CAGUAGAAAGGCAAGUUAACCGCAAGAUAGCUAAUGUUACUGUUAGCUUAGCUAGCUAACAUAAACACAAACACAUAUUUGGGGGUUUAACGUAAUGGAUAAAAAUGACACAACAACAUACAGUGUACAACUGUAUAUAUACGACCUGUCAAGAGGAAUGGCUCGCAAUCUCAGCCCAAUCAUGUUAGGAAAACAACUUGAUGGCAUCUGGCACUCAGCCAUUGUGGUUUAUGGAGACGAGUUCUACUUUGGAGGAGUGGGUAUUUCCAGCUGCUCACCGGGGGGAACAAUGCUUGGUUCCCCAGACACUGUGGUGGAAUUGGGAAACACAGAGGUGACAGAGGAGAUCUUCAUGGACUACCUGUCCUCGCUAGGAGAGAACACCUACAGAGGCGACAAGUAUAGGUUGUUUGAGCACAACUGUAACACCUUCACUAAUGAGGUGGCCCAGUUCUUAACAGGCCGGAAGAUCCCUUCUUACAUCACAGACCUGCCCUCCGAAGUGCUCUCCACACCCUUUGGUCAGAUACUCCGGCCUAUACUGGACUCCAUCCACAUCGCUCCUCCUGGGGGGAACAUCAUCAGCGGUCGCCACAGCUAAACUGCCUGAACUGCACACAGUAGUAUUUAGAUAUGUUCUAAUUUACAUUUUCAAAACGGAGGUGGGUUAUUGACGAAACCGUGGAGGGUGAAUCUCAGUGAGUCUAGUCAAUCACACUGCUUUUGUACUGCGUAUGCUUGGUUUUAGUAUGAUUGUUUUGUAAAUCCCCACCAGCAAUGAUCUCGCCUUUUGUAUGUUUAAAAAAAUGUCGAUCCAGUUUUUGUUUACGGACCUUCCUUAUUGCCUCUAAUGGUAUGAUCCUGAUCUGAGGGAAAGUUGCACAACAUUAACUUUCUCACAAAUCUUCCAAUAUCAUCAAUAUGAUUUAUAAGAAGGUUGGCGUGUAUCUCAAGUCAGGGUUUCAGCAUGACUUCCAAUGAACUACUCCACCUUCCACCAGAUGGUGUGUGCUAUAUACACCUCUAUGCCUUCACCUCUCUCACCUUAGUGUUAAUGAUGCUGAUAGUGUGAUAUGAAGGAUGAAUGCUGAAGUGCACAAAAUCUGCAUUAGUUCUCUGGAUGAAGAAACAGACCAUGCGUAUCUUGUAUGUGUUUGAAGUAAUCUCAGAAAUGUAAUUUAUUAUGAAAAGGUUUGUACAAUUUUGGGGUCAAGUUUGGGAUCAAAUCAUACAUAUUCUUGUAUAAUUUUCCUUGGGCCAGUGGGAGCAAUAACUCUUCACAUAUCUAUACUUAUUAGACUAGGCAUGAAACGUAAAGUCCUCUUAUUAAAUGCACGUAUUCACUGCAAUUCCUAGCACUGGUUAACUAUUGCAUCAUUCAGUAGAACAGUACAGUAAACUAUAUCUUCUGUAAAAGACAGCACGUCUGGUAUCGCAUCAGACAGGUAAUUACAGCAUAGCAUGUCUCAAAUGCCAUGGUGACACUAUCUCUUCAUAAAAAGAAUGACUCCACCAAUAGGUACUUAUAUGUUUUAGUGAAAGAGACAAGGCCCUUCACCUUGGUAUGUUGCUCACGUAACCACCUUCAACAAUAAACCUGACCAAUGAAAUGUAUU